ACGUUUCUGUUUCAACCCAAACAGAGCGAAGAAAACACACGAGCCUGUCAACAAGAGAGCGGUCUGUCAGCGGAAGCAGCAAAAAUGUCAACAGAUAGCCUUUUUAUUAACUAUAAAACCCUGUAGGCUUCAGAAUCAAUGUAAACGUUUCCCGCUGAUUUGCGCAGCAUUGGGAGCACAGAUCCACGGGUGAUCAUGGCCACCAAUCCAGCAGCGCUGCCCUUGAGGGAGUUCUGCCCGCUCUACUAUCUUCUCAAUGCCAUCCCUGCUAAAGUCCAGAAAGGUUUCCGUUCAGUGCUGGUCUACUUGACUGCACUGGACAGCAACAGUGAUUAUAUAGCCAUUGGCAGCAGCAUCGGCAUGCUGUACCUCUACUGCAGAAGAGUAAGUCAGAUGAACAAAUACAAUUUAGAGGGCAAAUGUGAGGCUAUAACUGCAGUGAAGUUGCUGAGUUGUUUUGAUGAUCUUGUGGCUGUUGGGACAGCAUCAGGCCGGGUUGCUUUCUUUCAGCUUGUGUCACCAUUGCCUGGAAGAAAUAAACAGCUGAGAAGGUUUGAUGUGGUGGGUUUGCACAAAAGCACAAUUACUGCAUUAGCGUGGAGUGCUAAUGGCAUGAAACUCUUCUCUGGUGAUGAUAAAGGGAAGGUGGUGUACUCUGCUGUGGACCUGGACCAAGGAGUCUGUAAUCCAGUGGUCCUCUUCGAAGAGCCUUCAGCAAUAGUACAGUUAGAAUAUAGUCAAAAGGUACUUCUGGUUUCAUCCUAUCAACGCUCAAUGCUUUUCUACACACAAGAGCAGUCGCAUCAGCAGCUGGGCAGUAAACCACGUAAAAGCAAUGGCAAGUUUGGAGCCUGCUUCCAGCCAGCUCUGUGCAAGCAGAGUGAUCUGGUGGUUUAUGCAGCGAGGCCGGGGUUACGUCUGUGGAGGACAGAUGUGCGAGGACGUGUCGGGGAGACUCAUGUCUUAAAGCCCCUUUUUAAUCAAGAUGUACCUCACUUUGAGCUGUUCCCACGCUCAGGUCCCACUGGUGGAUACAGACCUUCAGAAAGACAGUUAGGAAUGAUCAGCUGCUUCCUGAAGGAGGGCUGGGUCCUCAGCUGGAACGAAUAUAGUGUUUAUGUUGUGGACUGCACCAAUCAGGUCAUCAUUGGAGGACUGGAAAGCAGCGGAGAUAUAGUGUCUGUGUCAUGCACUGAGAAUGAAAUUUUCAUUCUGAAAGGAGACCGGGACAUUUUGAGGAUCUCAAAUUGCCCUGAGGGAUUGGUUUCCAACUUAUCAGACCACUCCUACCGUUUUACAUCUCCUCUUUCCCCUCCCACGAUUUUGCUGCCUCCUAAUGGGGCUGUGGAAACCGCUCAACCAAUCAGAACUAUGCCUAUCAUCACGGAGCAGGACACUCAGGCCAGUCCCAGCUCAGAAGAGGUGCAUGAUGGGGUAGAGGAGUCAGAGGAGGUGCAGGAAGAGCAGCAUCUUGAGGAGUUCAGUCAUGCGGUUGAGGCUCUGGAAGUGGCAGAGGACUUGGAGCAGCAGCGGGCCAGUCUAGGUACAGUAGAGUCCCGCAGCCGCAGCAGCUCUAUCACUUCAUGGGACAGUGCGCAGGGCAUGUUCACCACCACUGAGGCCUCUGCUUCAGAGCUCUCCUCCAGCAGAUAUAGCACCAUCACCCAGGAAGACUUCCAGCAGGAGCUUGUGGUCAAGGCCAUCAAGCUGAAGAAGAAAGGCAAGAGGAGACGACAAGAGAGUGGGAAUCGCAUGAACGAGCGCAGCAGUUGGUCGGAGAGCAUUUUCAGCCAGGACGGUGCAGGCAGUGACGUUCUGAACACACCCAUGAGUGAACCACCUUCUGAUCACACCAGCCUCCUUUGCAGCAGCCUUGACCUGGAUGGAGAAUACCACAGUUCAGAUGCCUUUCCCAUUCAGAGCCCAUCAGAGCCCUUGCUGAACCAAGAGCCAUGUCUGGUUGCAGUUAACCAAGCAGCACAGACCUCACCACCUUGCCCCGCGUCUCUGACACUAGACAUGGAGUGUCAGUUGUACAGUGAAAAUGUGUUUGCUGAAAAUGAGCAAAUCGCAGCUACACCUGAUGUAGACAUGCUGCUGGAAUGUACCUUCUCGUACAUGCAGGCAUCUGACGAGCAGGACAUCAUGAAGAAAUAUGUGAAGGAGCACAAAGACGUCCUGGAGGAUUCAGAGGAACAUUUUAAGCAGAGUUUACAUGAGGACUUUAAUUUGGACUUGUCUUAUGAUCCCAUUAGGCCGCUGGGUUACUCCCCUGAGCCUGAGCCAUCGCCAUCUAGUGACGAGGAGGACAUCUAUGCUCAUGGAGUUCCAUCCAGUGCAAGUCUUGGGGAUGGACUGAAUGCUCUGAGCUUGCAGAGCUCAUCUGCUGAGCAGAAGGAGGAUGAAGAGACACAGCUCCUCAAAGCUGACCAGUUGGCUGAAAGUUGGAUGGGUUAUAGUGGGCCUGGCUGUGGCAUCCUCAGUCUAGUGGUGACUGAUAGGUACAUCUGGUGUCUGGACUUUAAAGGAGGCCUUUUCUGUAGUGGUCUUUCUAACGGUGGCUUGAACUGGCAGAAAUUUGAGGAGAAUGUCCAUCAGGUUGCUCUGUCUCCAUCAGGCUCAUUGUUGUGGAAGGUGGAGCAGAAGACCAUGACUGCGUACGCUUGUGGGAAAGUGACAAUCAAGGGAAAGAGACACUGGUACAAAGCUCUGGAUGACACCGCAUUCGUGGCACUUGGUGAUGACACUGCCUGGAUUAUUCGUACUAAUGGAGACCUGUACAUACAGACAGGGCUGAGUGCGGACAGGCCAUGUGCGAGGUCAGUGAAGGUGGACUGUCCGUGUCCCAUGGCACAGAUGGCAGCACGGGGCGGUGUGGUGUGGGCACUGAGCGAGCAGAGGGGUGUGUUUUACAGAGAGGGUCUCAACAGCUACUGUGCAGAGGGGGAGCACUGGAAGUAUGACACUGUCAGUGAGAGCCAAGGUCUGGAGCCUAUCUGUAUUGCUCUGGGUGAGAACAACACUGUCUGGGCUUUGGACACCAGUGGAAACCUAUGGUUCAGGACAGGGGUGACUGCUAAAAAACCCCAGGGUGAAGAUGACCACUGGUGGCAGGUGAGCAUCACAGACUAUGUGGUGUUUGAUCAGGGCAGUCUUUUCCAGACUCUGAUCCAGGCCACUCAGACUGUGGCCACUGUCACCAGAGCUCCAGUAGAGCGGGUAGCUGAACGUCUGCGUGUGGCCUUCCUCUCCCAGCACUCCCAGUGCCAACCCAGCCUUAUCAGUGUCAACAUUAGUGGUGUCUGGAUUGCGUCUGGACGUAAUGAGUUCCACGUUGCCAAAGGCAGCCUUAUUGGGACAUAUUGGAGGAGCACUGUACCCAGAGGAACUGCCUCUGCCACUAAAUGGGCCUUUGUGUUCUCCUCUGCUGUUCCAGCCAAAGAGGGCAGUUUCCUUUGGUUAGGUCAGAGCAGGAAAGACCUGUUCUGUAUUUGGGACCAGGACCUUCAGAUGCGACCCUUUACUAUUCAGUUUCCCCCAGACGUGGAGAUGAUGCAGCUCUCGGCCUGUCGUGAUGCAUUGUGGGGUUUAGAUCACUACGGUCGUGUCCACAUUCGCACUUUAUCAGCCAGCUGCUCUACAGGAAUGCACUGGUCAUUGCUGGACCUCAGUCAGCUUGGUCAUGUGAGGUUUCUCAGUUUGUCGUGUGGCAGUCAGAACGUUUGGGCAUGUGAUACUAAUGGAAUGGUGUAUUUUCGGGUUGGAACUCAACCUUUGAACCCCAGCAUGAUGCUUCCAGCCUGGAUCUGCAUUGAAUCUCCUGAACAGCCUGCUGGACAUUAUUUGGUGAAGAUUCAGACCAGUCCUAAUGACCGCAUGCUGUGGGCACUGGACAACAGAGGCAAUGUGCUCGUACGUAUCGGCAUCACUGAGGAGAUGCCUGUUGGGACGGCCUGGGAGCACAUUCCAGGACUUCAGGCAUGUCAGUUGGUUCUGAGCAUGAGGACCGCUUGGGUUCGUCUUGCUAAUGGGCAAGUGGCUCGUCGAUACGGAAUUACAGAGAAAAACCCUGCUGGAGAUUACUGGAAGAAGAUCCCUGGACUGGCCAGCUGCCUCGCAGUGACCCCGAUGGAUGAACUGUGGGCUGUUUCUCCAACUGGAGCUUUGAAUCAGCGGCUCACCAAGACUCUGCAAAACUAUAGGAGCAAAAACCAUGUCAAUGCAGGAUCUCUGAGUGGAGAAGAGCUGGAGGAAGAGUGGGAGGUGAUUUAAAUGCCACAAAUUGUGUUGAAGCAACCCAGAAAUCACUGUUAUGUGACAUUUCUUUCUAGGCACUUUACUCAUUUCUGCUUAAAAGAGUAGUUCAACUGAAAAAAAAAAACUAUGGAAAAGCUGUCAUCAUUUACUCACCCUCGUGUUCUUUAAAUCCUUAAGAGUAGACUGCGCUCUGUUAAAUCUAUGUGAGGUGUGUUACUUGGAAAAAAA